GUGUACAUCUCUUUCGGAGAGUUGACAAAACUCUUAAUAAUCCAUAUUACCAUGACUGCAGCCAUGGCAACUGACUCAUGGGCACUAGCUGUCGACGAACAAGAGGCAUCCAAGUCUAUCGGAAAGUUUCGGUUGAUGGAGGCAGGUGAUGCACCAAAAUCACGGUUUAAUGGAGGACCAAAACGUUCAGACGAUUGUGACAAAUCAGAUGAAGAGGAAAAAGAGGACAAAGCUGUGCAGUCACUCCUCAAUAAGCUGAUUCGAAGCAAUUUGGUCAACAACACAAACCAAGUGGAGGUUCUUCAGAGAGACCCCAAUUCCCCACUGUAUUCAGUCAAGACCUUUGAGGAGCUCAGACUGAAACCUCAACUACUCAAAGGCGUGUAUGAAAUCGGCUUCAAUAGACCUUCAAAAAUCCAGGAGAAUGCGCUUCCCAUGAUGCUUGCAGAACCACCUCAGAAUCUGAUCGCUCAGUCUCAGUCUGGCACUGGUAAAACAGCCGCCUUUGUGCUGGCCAUGCUCAGCCAAGUGGACUCAGCCUUUAAAUGGGUUCAGUGUCUUUGUAUUGCUCCCACAUACGAACUCGCUCUGCAAACAGGCAAAGUCAUCGAGCAGAUGGGAAAGUUUUACUCAGAUGUCAAACUGGCAUAUGCUGUGAGAGGACAUAGAAUGGACCGCAGCUGUAAAAUCAAGGAGCAGAUUGUCAUCGGGACACCUGGAACGGUUCUAGACUGGUGCACUAAACUAAAGCUCAUCGACCCAAAAAAGAUCAAAGUGUUUGUUCUGGACGAGGCUGAUGUCAUGAUCGCCACACAGGGACAUCAGGACCAAAGCAUCCGCAUUCAGAGAAUGCUGUCCAAAGGCUGUCAGAUGUUACUUUUCUCUGCUACUUUUGAGGACUCGGUGUGGAAUUUUGCCAAGCGGGUCAUUCCAGACCCCAACAUCAUCAAGCUGAGACGAGAAGAGGAGACUCUGGACAAUAUCAAGCAGUACUACGUGCUUUGCAAAAGCGAAGAAGACAAAUUCGAUUCGCUCUGUAAUGUUUAUGGAGCCAUUACUAUUGCUCAAGCAAUGAUCUUCUGUCGUACUCGGAAAACGGCGAACUGGCUCGCAGGGCAGAUGUCAGAGGAGGGCCACCAGGUGGGGCUCCUCAGUGGAGAACUGACAGUCGAACAAAGAGCCGCAGUUAUCCAACGGUUCAAAGUUGGAAAGGAGAAGGUUCUCAUCACUACUAACGUUUGUGCAAGAGGUAUUGAUGUCGAACAAGUGUCCGUGGUGAUCAACUUUGACCCGCCUGUGGACAAGGACGGCUAUCCAGACAACGAGACGUACCUCCACAGGAUCGGUAGAACAGGACGAUUUGGCAAGAGAGGACUUGCCAUCAACAUGGUGGACGGCCAGAAGAGCAUGGAGAUCCUCAGGAAAAUUGAGAAGCAUUUUAAUAAGAAAAUACUGAGGCUGGACACGGAUGAUCUCGAUGAAAUUGAAAAAAUCGCCAGCUGAAGAAAAACACAUCAUGUGACGACAUCAGAAUCAGUUCGGCUGUUCAUUCAACAAGAUUUCUGAUGUUUACAUAAAUUUCAGAUCUACAUUUAGUUUUACAUUAUACCUCA